CAAAGUGCCAACAGCUAGCUCCCCUUGAGAAAAGUGAAAGCCAACGCCCCACUGUCAGCUCCUCAGCCCGGCCCUCCCUUCUCACACAGAAAGCAGAGUUUAUGUGGAGCUGCUGUGGUCGUGACUGAGCUCAACCAGAGUACAUUUCACGGAGACUUUUACAUCGGAGACGUUGAUUCAUCUGACUGGGACGAAAAAAAACCUAGCUAACGAUCAACUGAGCUGCAGCUAUAGUAAAACGUUAAACACUGGAACCUUUUUCCUUUGGCGCUCGGGACAAGUUUGUUUAUUCAAACGCUUGCUGGCGAUAAGGCUCACAAACAUACAGUCGGUUUAUAAUAAGUUAGUUGUUACAGAAUGGCUGAUACAACCGCGUCCAGUCCCGCUGCUAACUGCGUGGAGAAGCUGAAAAGUUACGUGAAAACCCAAAAAGGGUUUAUCCUCGCAGCAGAAAUAUUAAUCAGUUUCAUUAUCAUCAUCUGCUACGCUGCAUCUGCAUAUGGAGGCUACUCCGCUGUCGCCAUCUGCGAGAUGAUCUUCGCCAUGGUCUUCUUCGGCCUCUUCAUGAUGGAGAUGGACAAGCAGAUUCAAGUGAUCAACUGGGUCUGGACUGAUCUUUUCCGUGCUGGUAUCGGUGCGGUCCUUUACAUCAUCACUUCUCUGAUCUGUGUAAUUGGAGGGGCCGGGGACGGUGCCCGUAUCGCAGGCGGGGUAUUUGGUUUGAUCGCUGGUAUACUGUUUGCCUAUGACACCUACACCAUCUUCUUGCAAGUCAAGAGCACCAGGCAGCACACGGCGGCUUCUACCGAUGACGGAGUUUAAACACUCCAAGACGCAUGUACUUCUGCCAAGAAUGCAGCAGAAGAACAAAGAGGAAUUUGUGCAGAAGUUAACAAAAGAGUGGAUAAGAAAGGACGAUGGACAACAAAAUGAACAGGUCACAGUUUUAUCAAUGCUACUGUACGGUGUGAACAGACGCGAGAUUUCUUUAAGGGGCGUGCCCGAGAGGAGGAUGACGUAGCCAAAGUGAGUGGUACUGUACAUCUGUGCCUGCACGUCAAGACAAAAUCGUGUCUACAUGAGGAAUUCCCUUCACAAACCUUUACUCCAACCUCAAUGUACCACUGAUUAAAAAGGGAAAACUGCAAAUAACAGGCAAUGGAUGUCAUCAAGCAGCUUGUCUAAUACAUAUCUACUGUUAAUGGAUUGCUGUAGUAAGAAGUAACUCUGCCAUUUGGACUUUAGGAGUAACUGACACAUGAAUGGGUAGUUAGGAAUUGUUUAACAUCAUAAUUAUGCACUUCUUGAGUGUGUGUUUUGUAUUUCAAGAGAGGUUUCUAAGCUGGCCAAACAUUUCCUUCUCUGUUAUUUAAUCAUUGCUCUUUAGAGUGUUCCCUAGAUGUUACAGUGCCUUAAAGUCUCAUUCAAAUUAACCAGUUCCUUCCUCUUAUUCAUCUUAUAUUCUUGAAGUCUAAACAUUUGAAGUGGCCUAAUCAGAAAUAUUUUGGCUGUCUUUGUACUAAUUAAUAAAGGAUAUAUUAUAUUAACUAUUAAUUAGUUUAGUCUUCAUCAUCAGAGGCGUUAGAAGUCCACUAACCAUCAACCACGUUUCUUAUUUGAAUUACAGUGUCAUCCUCCAGGUUCUACUUUGAUUCUUGCUCAGGUUAUUUUUUUCUUACAUUUAUAAUACAUUUCAAGGAGCAGAAUAUUUUUUCUGUUGACAUUUUAUACAGUCAAGAAGUACAGUCCAGGUUUUUUUGAUGGAGAUAGAAAAAGAAAAGACACAUAGGUGGAAUUUUAUUAUGUGAAUAUCGCAAUUUUAAAAGGUUCUGUAACUGAUUCCUCUACCCUUUGGUGGUUAUUUAUCCAAGUAAGACAUUGCCUUAUUAUUUUUUCUAACAUGCUUUACAAAAGUCUGCAGUUUGUAAUUUCAAAAUGCAAAGCAGCCUUGCUUUGGGAAAUAAAAGCCAUUGUUACUACAAAGGAAA